GACAACCUGAGCAGCGAUAUCAUCGAGUGCAUGGGCACGAGCAGCAGUGAGUUCAUCGUCAACCUGUUCAAGCACGACGUGAAGUAUGCAGAGGUGCUGAACAAGGAGGAGAGCACCAAGAAAAAGAAGAAGUACUCCGUGUCCUCCGAGUUCAAGGACCAGCUCGUCAGCCUGAUGGACAUCGUGGACCUCACCGAUCCGCACUUCAUCCGCUGCAUCAAGCCGAACCCGCAGAACGAGCAGGACUCCUACGACAGGAAGAGCGUCACGGAGCAGCUGCGGUACGGCGGCGUGCUGCAGGUGGUGCAGGUGAGCCGCGCAGGCUACCCGGUGCGCAUCAACCACCAGGAAUGCUGGGACGACUACAAGAUCAUCGCGCAACCAGCGACGGUGCGCUCCAGGAGAGACAGCGCUGGCAGGGCAUGGAGACAUCAAGAGCAUGAGAGCCAUCUGAACCCCACCCCCCACUGGAAGUGGUUUGAGGUUGCCCGUGAAGCACCGGCCUCUUGGAAGGCUGUCAUCAACCGUGCCACGGCCGCGUACGGCCAUUGGAGCAAAGACCAGUUGAAGCUGACGCUUUGGCGCCAGAAGAUUUACGACGUAGAAGAUGAUCUUGCCAGGUUUUACGUGCCGCUCGAUUGUUACAGUGAAGAGCAGCAAUGGGACCAUUAUGGUCGCGACUUUGCCGGCCAGCCAGCCUAA